CACAGAGAAAAGCUCCUGCUGAAGUGACUGAUCUCCACACUGUUAUAAAGAUGGCGUUUAUUAAAGUGGAGAGUGAAGAUGUGAAGAUUGAAGAAACAUUCAGAGUCAAACAGGAAGAUCUGCAGGAACAAACAGACCUGAUGGUGCUGAAAGAAGAGACUCAUCAAUGGAACGAAAUGAAAGAGAAACAGCAGUUUAAGAAACCCCAAGAAAUAACGACUGAUGAAAAACUCACACAGACUAAAAAGACUUCAUCACUCGGAAGACCUUGGAAAUCUAAAUCUAGGUGUAAAACCCACAUGAGAAUUCCCACUGGAAAGUUCACAUGCCAAGAGUGUGGAAAAAGCUUCUGUCAUGCAGGAAACUUUGCAGCGCACAUGAGAGUUCACACUGGGGAGAGGCCGUACACAUGCCAAGAGUGUGGAAAAAGCUUCUAUCAUGCAGGAAACUUGGCAGCGCACAUGAGAAUUCACACUGGGGAGAAGCCUUACUCUUGCCCUCAGUGUGGUAAGAGUUUUAAUCUAAAUGGCACCCUUGAAGUCCACAUGAGAACACACACUGGAGAGAGAAGUUUUACUUGCACACAGUGUGGGAAAAGUUUUUCUCAAAAACAAAACCUUCACACCCACAUGAGGAUUCACACUGGAGAGAAACCUUACACAUGCACAGAGUGUGGUAAAAGUUUCCCAUAUAACAGCUCACUCAAACACCACAUGAUAAGUCACGCCGGAGAGAAGCCGUUUGCAUGUGCUCAGUGUGGAAAGUGCUUCACAUCCAAAUCUAGCCUCAUGAACCACAUGAAUGGUCACACUGGAACUAUAGUGUUCACAUGUGAUCAGUGUGGAAAGAGUCUCACACAUAAAGACUCCAUUAAGAGCCACAUGAUGAUUCACUCAGGAGAGCAUUUUAGAUGCAGUGAGUGUGGAAAGGACUUUAAACAUAAAAGCAGCCUCAGCACUCACAUGAAGCUUCACAAUGGAGAGCAGAGUCCUCAAAAAUGAGGCCUUGUCCACACAAACAUGAGUAUAUUUAAAACAGCAGCUUGUUCGUGUAGUUUGGCUGUUCAUUUACGAGACGUUUAAUUAUAAACUACUUUCAAGAGGAUCACAUGCAUUAGCUGCAUUAGUUGCAUAAUUCUGCAUUAGCUAACACAUGAUUCACCAAUCAGAUGGAUCCUAACUCACUGUAAAUACCCAGAGUUUUUACCUCAGUUACCUUUGUCUUGAAGAAGCACCUUUCACAAUUACAGCCUCGAGUCUUUUUAAAUCCGAUGCCACAAGCUUGGCACACCUGUUUUUGAAAAUUUUGCCCAUUCCUCUUUGCAGUACCUCUCAAGCUCUAUCAGGUUGGAUGGGAAUUGAAGGUGUACAACCAUUUUCAGAUCUCUCCAGAGAUGUUCAAUAGGAUUUAGGUCCGGGCUCUGGCUGGGCCACUCAAGGACAUUCACAGAGUUGUCGUGAAGCCACUCCAUUAGCCGCAUAUCCACUGUCGGGCCAGUGUGAGC